GUAAAGAAAGGAAGAUAGAAAGCCAAGACAUUCCACGUCGGAGUUCAAUCAUUGUGGCACUUGACUUUUGUUGUGGUCCAAAGUCAAAUAAGAUUCGAGAUGGGGACCACGACUAACUGACUUCUAGAAAUCAAAAUUCAUGGUACUCAUAAGUUUUCUCUACAUGCAAGCAAUUUCACUUGGCUGAUUUAUGUUGUUUCUUUUUGGUGUUGUUUGUAUAUUUGAGGGGAUUGGUUCAGGGGCGGAUUCAGAAUUUUUAUCCAGGAGGUUCGAGAAAAAUAAUAAAAGUUAAACAUAAAAAAUAAUGCUAUCACGGAGAAUUGAACCUUGGACGCUGGAGAGAAUUUUGAACACCCUGGACAGCUUGAGCUAACCCUUUGUAUUUGUUUAGAAUAUUCAAAAUUUAUAUACGUACAUAAACACAGUACCCUAUCUAUAUACUGUAAGUCUUUGUCGAGGAACACCCUCCCGCCCCCCUCAAUCCCUCCCUUGCUUGGUUGCUUCAUAUAUGAUUCUGCUUAGCUACCUUCACAGGUCACAGUGUUGUACCUUUUCAUCAUCCUCCAAUAAUAAUCUAAACCUUUGAGGGUCAUUCCUGUGAUGGUAAAAUUAACCCAUGAAAAUUCAAUUCACGCAACUCAUUCAAAUUUAGGCGGGUCAAUGACUUAUUUAUUUAUUAGCUUAGUUCAUUUUAGCUAAACUCAUUUCUUUUCUAUCUUCCCACCAGCCCCCUUCCCCCAUUGUCUCCCUUUGAUGUGAUGUAAAACUCAUUUGGAGAAAAGGCACUGAGUGCUGCAGAUACUGUAAUCACCAUUGCCACACUUAGAAGACCCUUCCUGGUAACACAAGUGGGAGGGUGGGGGUACACUCUACUUGUGUGAAAUAGAGAGACUGUUUCUAAUAGACUGUCGGCUCAAGAAUUUUUGUGUGUUGGUGGAAAGAAGCAGGCCUUGGCAAUAUACAUAAGGUAACUUUUUUAUUGUUUAUGUACAUAUAGAUUUUGAAUCCCCGAACACAAGAUUAGAGGUUGACUCUGUAGUUAAGGGGUUCAAAUUUUACCUUGACUUUUCACUACAUUUUUAUUUUUCAAACUGUCUUAGUGAAAAUCCCGUAUCGGCCUUCAAUGAAGGGAAAGGUGGAGAAUGAAGAUGCUGGGGGAUGACGAAAGUGGUGAAAGUAAUGGGGAAUUGAAAAAGAAAAAAUAUGAAUUUUCUUAAAUAAUUUAUAAUAGAAAAUUCAAUGUGGACACUGAUGCAGUGUCAUCCACAUAAGAAGACCAAAAGAAGAAAGAUUCCCUUUUUUUUUUUUUUUUUUUUUAAUUGAAGGCCUCUCAUCAGUUGACUAGCAUUUAGGAACAAACAAAUUUUCCAGCUUAUUUUAUAGCAGAGGGAGACCAUAUGAUUGCAGUAACUUUAUAACUUUGAUGUAAGGAAUAUACAAAUACAAUGAACUCCAUAUUCCAUUUUGAAAAGAGGAAUUAUUAAGUCCUCUGUUCACUGGAGGGAGAUGGCACAAGAAGAAGAAGAGGAUGGCCUUGUUUACACAUUGGAUGAAGCACUCACAUCAGUUGGAAUUGGUAAAUUCCAGUAUAUGGUGAUGUGUUAUGCGGGUCUUGGUUAUAUUGCUGAAGCAGCAGAGACUCAGAUUCUGUCAUUUAUAGGACCUGCUCUAAGGUCCCAAUGGGCAGUUUCUCCUACUCAAGAAAGCCUUAUGACUACUAUCGUUUUCGCUGGCAUGCUAAUCGGAGCUAUUUUUUGGGGCUCCUUCUCAGACACUUACGGAAGACGGAAGGGUCUUCUAAGUGUUGCAAUAGUGAUUACAGUAUCUGCAGCACUCAGUGCCUUUUCUCCAAAUUAUAAUUGGUUGCUUGCUGUGCGGAUGAUGGUUGGAUUUGGAAUAGGUGGACAAUCUGUAUAUGGAUCUUGGUUUCUUGAAUUUGUGCCUCCACAAAACAGGGGCAUGUGGUCGAUUAUCUCUACAGGUUUUUGGACAACUGGAACAAUACUUGAGGCUAUAUUAGCUCUGAUAGUUAUGCCAAGAUUGGGUUGGAAGUGGUUACUGGCUUUAUCAUCCAUACCAUCAUUUGCAGCACUUUUGUUGUUUGUAUUUACGGUAGAAUCUCCUAGAUAUUUGUGUGCCAUAGGUAGAACAAGAGACGCCUGUGAUAUUCUGAAGAAAAUAGCCAUGGUCAAUAAGACACAACUUCCCCCUGGAAAGCUUGUCUCUUCUCAACAGACUGAGGAAUUGCUUUCUCCUGGAAAAAACAAAAUCUCAAGUCUUAAAUCUGGCUUCUCAUCCUUACUUGUGCUUUUGUCCCCCACAUUACGUAGAAAUACCCUCCUCUUAUGGGUGGUUUAUGGUGGAAAUUCCUUCUCAUAUUAUGGCAUUAUAUUGCUGACCUCACUCUUUAGCAGUGGACAAUGUCAACACUCGGCAAUUGCUUUGCACACGAACAAUGAUCAGAGCCUUUACACAAAUGUGCUCAUCAAUAGUCUUGCGUCUCUCCCUGGGAUUCUUUUAUCAGCUAUAAUGGUGGAGAAAGUUGGUCGGAAAUUCACUAUGGCACUUAUGUAUGCUUUAUGCUUCCUAUUCCUUUUACCACUUCUUGCACCUCAACUACCUGCUUUGACUACUGCCUUUCUAUUUGGUCCUCGUACUUUCAUCCUGGGAAGCUUCGCCGCUGUGGGUGUCUAUAGUCGAGAGAUAUAUCCAACUUCUAUAAGGUCUACUGGUACUGGAGUUGCAACUUCUGUGGGAAGAAUAGGGGCCAUGGUUUCUCCUAUUAUUGUCGUGCAAUUGGUAAGAGGGUGCCAUCAAAUGGCUGCAAUCAUAUCUUUUGAAGCAGUUCUAGUUUUAUCAGCAGCCAGUGUUAUGCUCUUCUCACUAGAGACAAAGGGUAGGGAACUAGUGGAUACUCUUGUUGUCUAAAGUUUGGACUUAUUAUCAUUUUACUUGUAUUGAAGUUCUCUCCACAUUGGAGAGGAAAAGAAAUGAAAAUAUGUUGGUACUCUACUAUAAGUUUUUGUCUGAUGUGCUAUUAUUCAAAAGAUCAACUUGUGUAGAAGCAGGCGUUUUACUAGAUAAAAUGUUAGUACUCUACUGGAAGUUUUUGUGGGAAAAUUGUCUGGUGUCCCCUUGUCUCGCACACUUUUGGAUUUACACAUGAAUUAGUUGAUGCAUUUCAAUCCUGU